GCGAAGGUGAUUAUCAAAUUUAAGUUUUUUUAGAAAAAAGUUAAGAAGCGUUAGACAGAAAGUAGUGCCGUUUGGGGGUUGUUACGUUGUCGUAGGCAAUCGGCAACAGCGUGACUCCUUUCAUCAUCAGCUGAUAAUAUGAAACUUAAGCGAAGGAAACAUUGUAAUAAAUAUCUUUCCUUUUAUCAAAACAAGUUUAAAAUUCAUCAGCCGUACCAGCUUGUUAUUGACUUGACAUUCUGUCAGGCUGCACUCCAAAACAGAGUUCAAAUCAAAGAGCAGCUCAAGCAGUAUUUGGAUGGAGAGAUAAAUUUUUUUGUCACAAGCUGCACGUUGGCAGAAGGAAAGGAGCUUGGUACAAUUGUUCAUGGAGCAAUGGUGGUUGCUGAAAACUUUGAGAUAAGGAAGUGUAACCAUGAAAAGCCAGUCACAGCAGUGCAAUGCAUAAGCAGUCUUGUGAAGAAAGGAAAUAAACAUGGACUUUUCAUUGCAACUCAAGAUCCUGAAUUACGAGAUGAACUUAGAAAAAUUCCAGGAGUUCCUCUAUUGCAUGUAAAUCAUAAUGUCAUUGUAUUAGAGAAGCCAUCUGCCGCAUCAGUAUCAGCAUCUGAGUGUGAGGAAAGCAAAAGACUUAUUUCGAAACAUGAACAAGAAGUCCUCAAGCAAUUGAAGAAAACUGAAGAACCUGUUAGAGUCAAGAGAAAACGAAAAGGGCCUAAAGAACCUAAUCCACUAUCUGUAAAGAAAAAGAAAAAGAUUGAUGUAAGUACAGUGAAGGCUGGUGAUGAUGUCACCAAGAAGAAAAGGAAAAGACGAAGAAAAAGAAAUGCCAAUGGAGGAGAGGCCUAAGACAUUGUACUAAAAACAAUAUAUGAUAUGUUUUUGGAAUAUUUUUAGACCUGUUAUGUUUUUAGACCUGUCAUGUAGAUAGCUAGCUGCUCAUUUAUUCAAUAGACAUGUGAUUGUCUUGGCUGAAUUGAAAGUUUAGUCAUAGAAAUAAGUCUUGAAAGUGACAGAAAGCUAUGAAUUGCAAUUAAAUCAAGAAAUUGCAAUUACUGACAUGCAACUUUCUUUUCAAACAGAUGUACUAAAGUCUUUUGAAAUAUUUAUCCUAAGAUUUGCAAUACUAAAUAAACAAAAAAAAAUAUGCCAGAUAGAAAUGAAUGAAUGCUACUUUCGAUGAGUCUCAAGACAGUGUACAUAGUACAGGGUGGUACUAAGUUGCAUCACCCAGUUUCAGGCUUUGUGAGAUCAUCAAACAGCUGAAAAAAUACUCACUCUGUGGGUAUUGUUAUACUAAAUUUAUUUGUCCUAAGAGAUGUUCUAAGUUCCAGUUGCAUAUAGGUUUUUUAAGGGGUUAAAGUGUGUUAAAUUCCUGACAGCUAAGUGAUCGAUAUUUUAUUAUGCAUUUAGAAAUAAAUUUGGAUAUUUUUAAAGAUCCUGAUCUUAAUGCAAGAAUUCAUUAUGUUGUUCCUCCUGUUUUUUCUAUAGUUGCCCAACAAAUUGCUCUGUCAUGUUUUACCUAGUGUAAGAUCAAAGAAAAAUUAUGCAAGAAAUUAAAAACAAGGCAUAACAUUUACAUUCUUCCUUAUAAGAACAAUUUUAUAAGAACGCAAGCCUCAGAAUUGGUCUUAAGCUAAGAACAAAGCAAGAUCAAGCUGAGGCUGGGGUACUGUAAUAUUCUAUCUCUAUUACAUCUUUAAAAAUAUCAACUCAAAAACAAGGAGUUUUCUGCCAUCUAGAGGUGUUUUGUUUGUGAAUUUUCAAACUUUUCGGCAAAUUAAAGAUGGCCUACUAAUUUUGUUGGCAAGUGGUGCCUGAACACUCCCCUUGAGCAUAAUAGCUAGUGAAUUUGCUGUUUACAUGCUUAUUGUUAAUUUAGAACAUUUUUGGAAAAAUUUAGAACAGUCAGCCUGAAUUCAAAUUACCUGGUUCCACAUCAAAGGCUCCUUACUAUGGUAAGGUAAUAGAAAUUUUGAUUAUCCUGGUACAAAUGUCUAAUUGUCAAGAAACAUGGAGGAUACUGGUGUCUUAAGGUUACAAAAGUGGGUUCAUUGAUAAUGCACCUUAUAUUGUCUUACACAAUGAUCAAGAAAUUUCUACCAACGACUUCUGCUCAGCACUACUUCUGAAAAAUCAAAAAGCAUCUCAUCUUGGGUUCCUUACUAAGUGCACUAUUAUUCAGUUCCAAGUAUAAAGAAGUUGCCAGCUCCCCCAUACUGUGCUACAAUGUCCAGCAUUUGAGGGUGAAAAAAAUAGAAGAUAAAAAUUUUAAAAAAAUUGAUGCAUGCAACUAGAACAAAAGAUCUCCAGCAUUCGAGAUAUAAAGUAACUAUAAAAUAGAGCAAAGCAGCUUCUUCAAAGAGAGUUAGCUUAAAAAAGGAUCAACUAGAAAAACAUUUCUAGGCAGGGAAUCAUAGUCAACCAUAGUUAAUCAUAGUUAAUCACAGUCAAUCAUAGUCAAUCAUAGUUAAUCAUAGUUAAUCAUAAUUAAUCAUUACCCUGUGUCAUUUGUCAUAAAAUUCUUGAGUGAUAAAAUUUAAAGAAACUUCUAGGCUACAUUUUUUUGUACCUGGAAAAUAAGUAACUUGUCUUGAGCCUGAUGGUUCACUUGGGCUUUUCAUUGCUUGAGUAACUUUCUUUUCUUAUCUGGCAGAAAAACUCUUAUUUUUAUCUAAGAAAUAUGAACAAUCCUGUUUUUAUAUUGACUGUAAG